AUGGGGCGCGGCGGGCGGCGGGCGCUCUCGCCCCGGAGUUGGCGGCCGGACCUCAGCUCCGUCCUCCCGCAGAGCCGGGCGGCUCGGGCGGGCUCAUCGUGCUCCCGCGGCCGGGCCGCCUCCGCCGGGCUGGCGGCGACCUCCGCCCGCUCCCAACUUCCCCGAGGGUGCCCGCCUUCCCGCUCGCCGGGCCGCGGCGCCGCAGGGAUUCCGCCCCACUCUCCGCGCGCGGGGAGCCCCGCCGCCGCCCGCCGCCCUCCCAGCCCGCGCCGGGUCUUAAAGCCCGCCGCGCCCCGGUGCCCGGGUCCGGAGUGCUUGGGUGCGGGGUGCCCGUCCCCGGGGUGCCCGUCUCCCGGGGGCCUCCCCCUCUGGAGCCCCGCCCGCGUGGACGCACCCCACCUGCCCAACCCAGCCCGUGCCCCGCAAGUGCUUGCCCUGUUCUUGGUCUCCGUAAGUUCGAACCCCCCCAGCGGAGGCGUGGGAAGGGCGGGCGGGCAGCCGGGCGCGGAGGGAGCGCGCGGGCGGGCGCUUCCCGGGACCCCGCGCCCUGCCCGGGGCCAUGGGGCUUCGCCCUCACGCCGCGGGUGCCCGCGCGCGGCGCCUUCCACGCGCGCCCCGUGCGCUCGGGGGCAGGACCCGCCCGCCGCGCUGGACUCCGCGGGGAUCCCGGGCCCCCCGCGGGGAUGGGGAGGCGGCCCGCCCGCGCUUCCCGGCGGCGAGGGCGUACCGUGGAGAGGCGUCCCGGCCCGUGGUGUCCUCGGCCGCGUGUUUAAUUUGCUCUCACCCUUCCCUGUCACACAGUUGUUCCUGGUCUCCGGGUCCACCUGA